GCUCACCGUGUUCACCGCACGAACUUCUACUACGCGAUACUAAUGCCAUCUGGUGGUGGAAAUGUAAGGACACGGUAAUCACAAUACCACUCCACCACCACCACCAUCACACACCAACUCAGUCUUCGGCCGAUUCAUGCUGAGUGUUCUGCUACGAGGGUUAUGUUUAUUUGACAGCUUUAAUGGUCAGAAAUACAAUCAGUUCUAAAAUGCAUGGAAACAUUCAAUAAAAUUCUGGCAGCUUCAUAGAAUUGAUUUUUCAAAAUUUCUGAUGUGGUUCGGAUUAUGUCGGAGCCUUACUGAUUGUUGGCAGAAACCUUGGAACAAAAUAGGAGUAGAGAUGCCAAAUUCUAUUUACCAUGAAAAACAGGUGCGAGAGUUGUGCGCACUCCAUGCGCUAAACAAUCUCUUUCAGCAGCAAGGAGCUUUUACUAAAGAAGAGUUUGAUGAAAUUUGUGGGUCAUUGUCACCAAACACUUGGAUAAAUCCACACAAGUCCAUAAUGGGUCUAGGAAACUAUGAUAUAAAUGUGAUUAUGACUGCACUUCAGCGUAAAGGCUAUGAAGCAAUCUGGUUUGAUAAAAGAAAGGAUCCAAAAUGCUUGAACUUACCUUUGAUCAGAGGGUUUAUUUUGAAUAUUCCUGGAGAUUACAAGCUUAUGUUAGUGCAAAUGCUUCUCAGAAGAAAACAUUGGGUUGCAAUCCGUGAAAUAGAUGGAUCUUACUAUAAUCUAGAUUCUAAAUUAGAUUCUCCAGAACUGAUUGGAAAGGGUGAAGAACUGUUAGCCUACUUAAAAUCUCAACUGGAAAACAAAGAAAAAGAGCUUUUUGUCAUAAUACCUUUAGAAGUUGAAAGAUCCCAGUUAUGGCAAGUGCCGGACUCAGAAAUUUCUAAUGGAAAGGUUCAAGGAACAGAAAUACAUUCCAGAGGUGUACAUGAUGACAUAGAGAGUUCAAGACAGCACACCUCUAGCAGUAACAGCAGUGGAGCAGGUGGUAGUGGACUUUGUUUAUUUGGGCGCAAUCUAGUUGCCCCACAUUCUGUCUCCUCUUCUCCUUGUAGAUAGCUUUUUCUGAAGAUAUCAAUGACUUGUGUUGGGUACUUAAAUAUUCUAUUGUUAUAAUGUGUCAAAAUUUAUAUGUGUACAUGAAUUGAAAUGUCUAUUUAUGAAAAUACUACUUAAGCAGUGAAUAUUUCUUCUGUUGUUUGGUACAAGAUACCGGAUUGACUUUACAAAAUUGAUUUGGUUUUGUAAUUUUUUAAAUCUAAUACCCAGUUCCUUUCUUUGUUUAGUAACAUAGGAAAGAAAAAGCAUGCUUUAGAACACAAAUUUUGUUUUAUUUUAUGUGGUUACUGUUCUUACUGGUUUGGAGUAUAAAAUUGGUGCAUCUGUCUAUUAUAGGUAACAGGGUCUAGAUUUAAUCAUGAUAAUAGUGUACUUUAACGUCAAUAACAAGAGCAUUGUCUACAUGUUUAUGUGCAUACCUAGUUAAUUGGUCUCCUUUCAGUAUGUAUUGUAAUAAUUUGUCUUCUUUGCUGAAAUAGAUAUGCUACGUAACUAACAGAAGUGCCCAGAGUCAAGCUUUAAGAAUAGAUUUUGUAAUCCUCCAUUCCAUUUUUUUAAAACAUGUUUAAAUUUGUACUAUUUAAAAAAAAAUCUGAAAAAUGGAUGGUCCAAAAUUGUCCUGUAGGGAUGCUAAUGGCUGUUCAAAUUGACAAGUAGUCAUAUCCAAGAGUUGGUUGUUUUCAAGCCCAAGUCCACCGGGAAAACAAAUGUAGAAAUCAACACCCUUUUCGGGGUGUUAAUGACUUUCAUGCCUUCACAGAGGCACUAAAAGAUUUGCACCUCUGCAAAGGCACAAAAAUGCCUCAAACUAAAUUUUAGUGCCUUUGAAGACUUUUGUGCCUUUCUAAAGGCAAUAAAAUUUUGCACCUCUAAGCACCAUUAAGUCUUUCCUUUGUUUUUCUAGUGUCAUCAUUGAUAAGUGUCCCUGGAAAAUGAGUUUGGGAAAGAUAUCAGAACAAUAUUUGAAAUGGUUAUGUUUGUUUGUCAGUCACUCUCUGGAUCUCUCUGGAUUAGCACUGGAUGUUCAAGUUUCAUGCUGGUUAAAUAUUGUAAUAUUGUAAUAUAUUCAUAUCAUCCAGCUCUCUUUAAAUAAAAUCUCAAUCUUCAUCAA